CCCGCCUGCCGUCAGUCGCGCCGGUUUUGCGACACUCGCUGUGGGAGUCGCGGCCGCUGGCCGGUCAGCUCCUUCGCUGCGGCGGCUCCGGGUCCCGCUCCGCGGUGUGAAAGCAAAAUGGCAGGAAAUAGCCUUGUUCUACCUAUUGUCCUUUGGGGUCACAAAGCACCCACGCACUGCAUAUCAACCCUUCUGUUAAUGGAUGAUGUGUCAAUGAUUGUCACAGGAUGCCAUGAUGGACAGAUAUGUCUCUGGGACCUUUCAUUAAAUCUGGAGAUUAAUCCCAGAGCUCUGUUGUUUGGUCACACAGCCUCAAUUACUUGUUUGUCCAAGGCCUCUGCCUCCAGUGAAAAACAGUAUAUAGUGAGUGCAUCUGAAGGCGGGGAGAUGUGUCUCUGGGAUGUGAAUGAUGGGAGAUGCAUAGAAUUUACUAAAUUAGCCUGCACACACACUGGCAUACAGUUCUAUCAGUUUACAGUUGGGACUCAACGUGAAGGGAGGCUGCUAUGCCAUGGGCAUUAUCCAGAAAUUCUUGUUGUGGAUGCUACCAGCCUUGAGGUCCUAUAUUCUUUAGUGUCAAAGAUUUCUCCUGACUGGAUCAGCUCUAUGAGUAUCAUUAGGUCCCACAGAACACAAGAGGAUACUGUUGUGGCAGUUUCAGUGACUGGUAUUCUGAAAGUAUGGAUUGUAACUUCUGAAGUUAGUCGCAUUCAAGAUACAGAGCCAAUAUUUGAAGAGGAGUCUAAACCAAUUUAUUGUCAGAACUGCCAAAGCAUUUCCUUUUGUGCAUUUACGCAGAGAUCCCUUUUGGUAGUAUGCUCAAAGUACUGGAGGGUGUUUGAUGCUGGAGAUUAUUCCCUGUUAUGUUCAGUUCCCAGUGAGAAUGGACAGACCUGGGCUGGCGGUGACUUUGUAUCGGCUGAUAAAGUGAUCAUAUGGACAGAAGAUGGCCAAAGUUUUAUUUACAAACUACCAGCCAGUUGCCUACCAGCUAGUGAUUCAUUUCGCAGUGAUGUUGGAAAAGCUGUUGAAAACUUAAUUCCUCCUUUGCUGUACAGUGUAUUGGACAGAGCAAAUAAACAGUUACUAAUUUGUCCUCCUGUCACUCGGUUUUUCUAUGGACGCAGGGAAUGUUUCCAUAAACUUCUAAUCCAAGGAGACUCUUCAGGGAGACUGUGUAUUUGGAGCGUGCCAAAUACACUUGAGCAACAAGACAUUGCUGAAGGGUUGCAAAUGACAGUUUCAACUUCCUUGCAAGAAGCUUUUAAUAAACUCACUCCUCAUCCUGCUGGAAUUAUUGAUCAAUUGAGUUUAAUACCAAACAGCAGUGAACCGCUCAAAGUUACAGCUAGUGUGUAUAUUCCAGCACAUGGACGCCUGGUUUGUGGUCGUGAAGAUGGAAGCAUUAUUAUUGUGCCAGCCACACAAACUGCUAUAGUUCAGCUUCUUCAAGGAGAGCAUAUGUUCAGGAGAGGUUGGCCACCUCACAGAGCUCUUAGAGGUCAUCGUAACAAAAUCACGUGUUUACUGUACCCUCAUCAGGUUUCAUCUCGUUAUGACCAAAAAUAUUUGGUAUCAGGUGGUGUGGAUUUUUCAGUCAUUAUAUGGGACAUAUUUUCUGGUGAAAUGAAACAUAUUUUCUGCGUGCAUGGCGGAGAGAUAACGCAGCUCCUAGUUCCACCGGAAAACUGUAGUGCAAGAGUCCAGCACUGCAUUUGCUCUGUUGCCAGUGACCACUCAGUAGGACUUCUGAGUCUACGAGAGAAAAAAUGCAUCAUGCUUGCUUCUCGUCAUCUUUUCCCUAUUCAAGUAAUUAAGUGGAGACCUUCAGAUGAUUACCUGGUGGUAGGAUGUUCAGAUGGAUCUGUGUAUGUCUGGCAAAUGGACACUGGUGCACUGGAUCGUUGUGUAAUGGGAAUAACAGCAGUUGAGAUCUUGAACGCUUGUGAUGAGGCAGUUCCUGCUGCAGUAGACUCCCUCAGUCACCCAGCUGUAAACCUGAAACAGGCCAUGACUAGACGUAGCCUUGCUGCUUUAAAAAAUAUGGCCCACCAGAAAUUACAGACCCUCGCCACUAACCUUCUGGCUUCUGAAGCAUCUGACAAAGGGAAUUUGCCUAAAUAUUCACAUAACUCUCUGAUGGUUCAAGGUAUAAAGACUAACCUAACAGACCCAGAUAUCCACAUCCUCUUCUUUGAUGUAGAAGCUCUGAUUAUUCAGCUACUGACAGAAGAAGCAUCUAGGCCUAACACCGCACUUAUUUCCCCAGAGAAUUUACAGAAAGCAUCUGGCAGUUCUGACAAGGGGGGCUCUUUUCGGGCUGGCAAACGAGCAGCAGUUCUCUUCCAGCAGGUCAAGGAAACAAUCAAAGAGAACAUAAAAGAACAUCUUCUGGAUGAUGAUGAUGAGGAUGAAGAAGCAGUGAGGCAGAGAAGAGAAGAGAGUGACCCGGAAUAUCGCUCCAGCAAAUCUAAACCAUUAACCCUAUUAGAAUAUAAUCUUACCAUGGACACAGCAAAACUAUUUAUGUCCUGUCUCCAUGCCUGGGGUUUGAAUGAAGUUCUCGAUGACAUUUGCCUUGAUCGCCUUGGGAUGCUUAAACCACACUGUUCUGUGUCCUUCGGUCUUCUAUCUAGAGGAGGCCAUAUGUCUCUGAUGCUUCCUAGCCAUAACCAGUUGAUGGGCAAGCCAUCCUAUGAUGGUGUAGAAUUAGCAAGGAAAAUGUCUAUUACAGAGGGACUGGGAAGGGGGACUUAUGGAGUCUCACGUGCAGUCACCACCCAGCAUCUUCUGUCUAUUAUUUCUCUGGCAAAUACCUUGAUGAGUAUGACUAAUGCAACUUUUAUUGGAGAUCAUAUGAAGAAAGCACCAACCAGGCCUCCAAGGCCAGGCACUCCAGAGCUGUCUAAAGUGAAGGCUCCUCCACCCCCGGUUUCAAGUCCUGCAGCUCAAGGGCAAAUUAAACAAGGAUGGAGUCAAUUAGCUGCUAUGCACUGUGUCAUGCUCCCUGAUCUAUUGGGAUUGGAUAAAUUUAGACCUCCUCUUCUUGAAAUGCUUGCACGCAGGUGGCAAGAUCGAUGCUUGGAGGUAAGAGAAGCUGCCCAGGCCUUAUUGUUAGCAGAACUGAGAAGAAUUGAACAGGCAGGACGGAAAGAAACAAUUGAUGCAUGGGCUCCAUAUUUGCCACAAUAUAUUGACAGUGUUAUAUCCCCUGGAGUGACAGCAGAAGCUAUUCAGACUGGUACUGCAAGUCCAGAUUCAUCCAGCACAGAAGCCAAAGUUCAAGAAGAAGAGCAUGAUCUGGUUGAUGAUGACAUCACAGCAGGUUGUCUGUCUAGCCUCCCACAAAUUAAAAAGAUAUCUACAUCAUAUGAAGAGAGACGGAAGCAAGCUACUGCUAUUGUCUUGCUAGGAGUAAUCGGAGCAGAAUUUGGCGCUGAAAUAGAACCUCCAAAGUUACUGACCAGACCACGCAGUUCCAGUCAGAUUCCUGAAGGGUUUGGUUUAACCAGUGGUGGAUCAAAUUAUUCCUUGGCAAGGCAUACCUGCAAGGCAUUGACAUUUCUGCUGCUGCAGCCACCCAGCCCCAAACUUCCUCCACACAGCACCAUUCGCAGAACUGCAAUUGAUCUGAUUGGGCGAGGUUUUACUGUAUGGGAGCCAUACAUGGACGUCUCUGCUGUAUUAAUGGGCCUUUUGGAGCUCUGCGCUGAUGCUGAGAAACAGCUUGCUAACAUCACAAUGGGGUUGCCUCUGAAUCCAGCAGCUGACUCCGCCCGCUCUGCACGACAUGCUCUCUCGCUCAUUGCCACUGCCAGACCACCCGCCUUCAUAACAACUAUUGCCAAGGAGGUUCACAGACACACUGCCUUGGCAGCAAACACUCAGUCUCAACAAAAUAUUCACACCACAACCCUUGCUCGAGCUAAAGGAGAGAUCCUGAGAGUCAUUGAAAUUCUUAUUGAAAAGAUGCCGACAGAUGUGGUCGAUCUCCUUGUAGAGGUUAUGGACAUCAUCAUGUAUUGCCUUGAAGGAUCCUUAGUCAAGAAAAAGGGACUUCAGGAAUGCUUUCCAGCCAUAUGCAGGUUCUACAUGGUCAGCUAUUAUGAGCGGAGUCACAGAAUAGCAGUGGGAGCUCGCCAUGGUUCAGUAGCCCUCUACGACAUCCGGACUGGAAAAUGUCAGACUAUCCAUGGCCAUAAAGGACCAAUAACUGCUGUUGCUUUUGCUCCUGAUGGACGGUAUCUUGCCACUUAUUCCAACACAGAUAGCCAUAUCUCCUUUUGGCAGAUGAACACCUCUCUCCUGGGAAGUAUUGGAAUGCUGAAUUCGGCACCCCAGCUCCGCUGCAUUAAAACAUACCAGGUGCCCCCUGUCCAGCCUGCCUCCCCUGGCUCACACAAUGCACUCAAACUGGCCCGGCUGAUCUGGACUUCUAAUCGCAACGUUAUUCUUAUGGCUCAUGAUGGCAAAGAACAUCGAUUUAUGGUCUAGAGUCAGUCUCUUACUAGAAAUACAUUUUUGGUUUAAUAUUCCCUGUAAUUUUCUCUUUCUUUGUCCUGUUAACACCGGAUUACCCACACCAGUGCCUACGUAAGUCAUCCAGUGGAAUCAGCCAGACUGCAACAUUUCUGCAUGGUUCUCUAAACCAGCUUGUGCCAGCUGUGGAUUCAGAGGCGUGCAUGCCAGCUCAACAGUACAUAGUUAUUCUGUCACUGGGUAGGUUUGCCUAGCUAUUGAUAGGAGGGAAGAUGAUGGCUAUUGGGGAUGCUCCUGUUGCUCAGUGCAACAGAAGCUUAAAAAUCAGUAACACUGUGAUUGUACUCCUUGACUAGAUCAGCGCAUUCAAGAAUCAAAAUCCCAGUUUUUGAGGUUGGGCUGAAUCUAGUCACUUUUCCAUUGGAAGUUAAAGUAAGGCAUCGUCCCUAACUAUAAAUAUUAUUUUCCUUCUCAGUUUCUUAAAGAGAUAUACUGUUUACCAAAAAAGGUUCUGUGUUUACAUGUACUUUCUUUGAGUGAUUGCUUGAAGUGGUCGCUGGCAUACAUGUCAUAGGGUUUACCAGCUGGCUCCUUGAUGAGGGUCUAACCAGUUUGAGAUUCAUGAGAACGUUCAUGAGGAACUGCAUUUUUAUGACAGAGUGAUGUAUUUUCAUUUUGAAAAGGCAUGCAUCUUCAGAAAAAGUUCAGGUUCAUUAAAUUGGAAGUUACUGUUUCUUGUGGCCUGGAAGAAAGUGUGGUCAGUCCACACGUAAAUAAAGAGAAUCUCUUAAAGAGGAAAGGACAAACUUGAAAAGUAUAAUACUGAUACACCAAGGUCUUUUUCUGAGUUCCCUUUGCAGCCACUGCAGGUGUUUGUUUCAGAAAAAGCUUUCUUCUUCCCAAAGCAGCUUCCAUUUCUGCUGGAUCUUCCAAGGAAGGUAUAAUCCUGCUUUUGUUCCAGUACAUCCUAUUACUGCAUAAAUUAUUGUGGUGUCACAAAUUCCAAGUUUAGCUUUACUGAAGGAACACGGGGAAAGAAUGCAAGCACUUAUGGGAUUGAGCAGAUAUCAUUACUAUUUAGCAACCCAGACUAGGAAAACUUUGGAAAUUAUUUUGAGCAAUAUUAUUUGAAUAACAUAUAUAUUAGCAUUUCCCCCAAUAAAUGUAUUCCUUUGUAAUGGAAGCUCUACGUUCAUGUUUUUUCUGUUUUUACAUAUCUACAUUUUUUAAAUAUUUACUAGUGUGAAUAUAUAUUCUGGCUUAUGCUAACAGGAAAAAAUCCGUAAAAUACAAUUUAAUUUAAACACGUGGAUGUAUAUGUUUGUAUAGGUUUUAUUUUCAUUCCAUUUUGUCUGGAAAGCUUGCAGAAGAGAAAAGGCACUCAUUCAAUUAUAGCUUGUAAAGUAAAAGUAGUAUUUGCAGGAAAAAGAGGAAUAAAUUAAUUUUUUAAUGGCUUCUAAAAUGCUUUGUGGGUUUGUUUUUUGGGGGACGGGGGUUGUGUUUUGUUUUGGAGAAGUUAGUCUGUUUAGUACACUGUACAGGAAAGUAGGAUAUACAGUCCAGAAUCAGCAUAUCUGUUGUUUACUAUAGUAAAAAAAUAAAUACAAAUUUAAUUAAGACCAUUUGGAAUGUCACAUCAUUGCUGUAAAUUUUAUUCUUUCUAACUAUGGCCACAAUGUAGUUUCUAGUGGUGGUAAAAUACUGUAGUAGAACUUAGAUUUUUUUAAUGUGAGUUUAUGCAACAUGCAUGUAUAUUGUAUUUAUAACAAUAUAAAUGUAUACGUAGCCUCAAAAACAGGAAGCAAAGACUUUCAAGUUACACAGUGACUUUUCGCCUUAGAGUCAGAUAUUAUAGUGCUAUGUUUUUAAGUAUAAGCAUAUGAGGAAAAUUAAAAGGUACCCAUCAUGCAUUCCUCCCUAGGCAUUCCACUCAUAUUUACUUCUCUUACACUAUUUUUUUCAAGCACAUAUGUGUUUACUUUCAAAACUGAGAUGCAGUUACAGGAAAAAAUGGAUACAUUCCACUAUGCCACAAAAAAGAUUUUCUUUAAUACAGUAAAGGUUUGCUUACAUUAUAUGUACAUAAAAGUGGUUGUUUAAACUACAACUUUACUGGAUCAGAAAAAAGAAAAGAAAAAUGCCUGUCUGCUUCCAUACUGAAAAGCUCAAGGUAGCAAAAGUUCAAAAAUAAAUAAGCUAAAUUUUCAGAAGAUUAAGACAACUCGUAUUAGUGUCUAAUGUGCUGUAUCUAUAAGACAGUGAAAAUUGAAAUUCGCUCUAAUAUGUCCAUAAAAGCAGCCAAGAUUGCAAUUCAGUCAGAUUAGUGUUACUUGGCCAGGGACUAGAGGAGUGCUUGCGGGGCAGAAAUCUCUACCUGUUUAACAGAUAUUUGCAUAUUAGUUAAACACAAAUCUCCACUUUGGUGACCUUGUAAAACCUAGUCCCAAACUUCAUCGUAGUUUAGAUCUCUCAGUACUGCAGUAAAAUGUGUAUUGUCAUUCCAGUGUAAGCUUUUAGUGUUUUAUUGAUUUGUUAGUACUGUAUUUGGGCUUGUCCUUGUACAUGUAGAGACAUAUGUGGCUUCAUUGGCAGUUGACAAGCAAAAAUGACAUGAUGAGACACCUCUAUGAAAAUGUUGUAAUGAUUGAAGUCACUGUAUAUGGUAAAUGAUUAAAAUGUCUGCCUUUCAAGAAACUUCUUGAUAAUUCCACUUCAGAUCUACUGUAUGUACUAAAUGUCACUGUGUACAUAUGUGUGUGGAAUAAAACAGAAUGGUAUUGAA